AUGAGUGUGGGGCAAAUGUUGGACUCUACCCGAUGGAUUGUUGGUCCACGAGUGAAAACGGGUAAAGGAGCUACAUUUAUCAUAGUGCAUGCUGGUGGAGAAUAUGAUUCAUGUGGUAAGCAGCACAAGUACCUCCAGGAGUAUGAAAUUGACAAAAUCGCUAGAGAUGCUGGCCAUGAAGUACUCAGACUUCCUCCUUAUCACUGCGAGUUCACCCGAGUGGUCAGUAUGGAGAAUAUUUCUAGUUUAGCUCUCAAACUGGAUCGUCAUUCACAUAACUCAAAUGGAAGGUCAUUUUUACCUCAGCGGGGCGACUGGCCCCCGCCCGCCCCGGGGACCUCGGCGGGCCCAGUGGCCCGCCCGCCCGGGGACCACGGCGGGCCGACCGGCCCGCCCGCCCCGCCCCGGGGACCUCGGCGGGCCCAGUGGCCGCUAGCCCCGCCCCGGGGCGGGGACUUUGGGCGGGCUGACUGGCCCGCCGCCCCGGGGACCUUGGCGGGCCCAGUGGCCCGCCCGUCCCGGAGACCUCGGCGGGCAGGACUGGCCCGCCCGCCCCGGGGACCUCGGAGGGCCGACUGGCCCGCCGCCCCGGGGCACCUCGGCGCCCCGCCCCGGGGACCUUGGCAGGCUGACUGGCCGGCCCGCCCUGGGGACCUUGGCGGGCCCAGUGGCCCGCCCGUCCCGGGGUGGGGACCUCGGCGGGCACCUCGGCGGGCCGACUGGCCCGCCCGCCCCGGGGACCUCGGCGGGCCCAGCAGCCCGCUUGCCCCGGGCGACCUCGGCGGGCCCAUUGGCCCGCCCGCCCCGGAGACCUCAGCGGGCCGACUGGCCCACACGCCCCGGGGACCUCGGCCGGCCGACUGGCCCGCCGCCCCGGGGACCUCGGCGGGCCGACUGGCCCACUGGCCCGCCCGCCCCGGGGACCUCGGCGGGCCUAGUGGCCCGCCCGCCCCGGGGACCUCGGUGUGCCUCCGGGCCCCGCCCGCCCCCGGGAAACCUCGGCGGGCUGACUGGCCCGCCCGCCCCGGAGACCUCAGCGGGCCGACUGGCCCGCCUGCCCCGCCCGCCUGCCCGCCCGCCCGGAGACCUCGUGGGCCGACUGGCCCCCGCCCGCCCAGCCUACCCCGGAGACCUCUGCGGGCCGACUGGCCCGCCCGCCCGCCCCGGGGACCUCGGAGGGCCGACUGGCCCGCCCGCCCGACCCGGGGACCUCGGCAGGCCCCGCCCCGGGGACCUUGGCAGGCUGACUGGCCGGCCCGCCCUGGGGACCUUGGCGGGCCCAGUGGCCCGCCCGCCCAUGUCUCGGGGUACCUGGCUGGGCACCUCGGCGGGCUGACUGGCCCUCCCGCCCGGAGACCUCAGCGGGCCGACUGGCCCGCUGCCCCUGCCCGCCCCGAGGACCUCGGCGGGCCGGACUGGCCCGCCCGCCCCGGGGACCUCGGAGGGCCGACUGGCCCGCCCGCCCGGGGACCUUGGCAGGCUGACUGGCCGGCCCGCCCUGGGGACCUUGGCGGGCCCAGUGGCCGCCCGUCCCUCCCGGGGACCUCGGCGGGCACCUCGGCGGGCCGACUGGCCCGCCCGCCCCGUGGACCUCGGCGGGGCCAGCAGCCGCUUGCCCCGGGGACCUCGGCGGGCCCAUUGGCCCACCCGCCCCGGAGACCUCAGCGGGCCGACUGGCCCACACGCCCCGGGGACCUCGGCGGGCCGACUGGCCCGCCCGCCCUGGGACCUGGGCGGGCCGACUGGCCGCCACCCCGGGGACCUCGGCGGGCCGACUGGCCCGCCCGCCCCAGGGGGACCUCGGCGGGCCGACUGGCACACCUCGGGCGGGCCCCGCCCGCCCUCGGGAACCUCGGCGGGCCGACUGGCCCGCCCGUCCCGGGGACCUCGGCGGGCAGACUGGCCCGCCCGCCCUGGGGACCUCGGCGGGCCUUGUGGCCCGCCCGACGACCCUCGGGGACCUCGGUGUCGGGCCCGCCCGCCCUCGAACCUCGGCGGGCUGACUGGCCCGGCCCGCCCCGGAGACCUCGGCGGGCGCAGCUGCCCCGCCCGCCCCGGAGACCUCGGCGGGCCGACUGGCAUGCCUGCCCCGGGACCUCGGCAGGCCCGACUGGCCCGCCCGCCCCGGAUACCUCGGCGGGCCGACUUGGGGGCCCCCCCGCCCCGGGGACCGGCUUGGCGGGCCCAGUGGCCCGCCCGUACUGGGGACCUUGGCGGGCCCACUGGCCCGCCACGGGGACCUCGGCGGCCCACUGGCCGCCCACCCUGGGGAACUCGGCGGGCCGACUGGCCCGCCACCGCCCCGGGGACCUCAUCAGCAGGCCCAGUGGCCCGCCCCGCCCUGCCCCGGGGACCUCGGCGGGCCCAGUGGCCCGCCGCCCGCCCCGCCCCGGGGACCCUCGUCGGGCUGACUGGCCCGCCCGCCCCGGGGGACCUUGGCGGGCCGACUGGCCCGCCCGCCCCUCGGGGACCUCGGCGGGCCCAGCAGCCCUUGCCCCUUGCCCCGGGGACCUCGGCGGGCCAUUGGCCCGCCCGCCCCCCCCGGAGACCUCAGCGGGCGACUGGCCCACACGCCCCGGGGACCUCGGCGGGCCGACUGGCCCGCCCGGGACCUCGGCAUGCCUCCGGGCCUGCCCGCCCCCCGGGGACCUCGCGUGCCUCCGGGCCCGCCCGCCCCUGGGGACCAUCGCGUGCCUCCGGGCCCGCCCCCCGCCCCCCGGGGACCUCGGCGUGCCUCCGGGCCCGCCCGCCGGGGACCUCGGAGUGCCUCCGGGCCGCCUGCCCCCCGGGGACCUCGGCGUGCCUCCGGGCCCGCCCGCCCCCCGGGGACCUCGGCGUGCCUCCGGGCCGCAGCCCCCCUGGGACCUAGCGUGCCUCCGGUCCCGCCCUGCGGGGACCUCGGCGUGGCUCCCGGGCCCGCCCGCCCCCCGGGGACCUCAGCGUGCCUCCGGGCCCGCCCGCCCCCCACUGGGACCUAGGCGUGCCUCCGGCCGCCCGCCCCCCAGGGGACCUCGGCGUGCUCGGGCCCCCCACCCCCCGGGGACCUCGGCGUGCCUCCGGGCCUGCCCGCCCCCCGGGGACCUCGGCAGGGCUCCUGGCCCGCCCGCCCCCCUCCCCGGGGACCUCGGCAGGGCUCCUGGCCCGCCCGCCGGGCGGGGACCUCGGCAGGCCUCCUGGCCUGCAUGCCCCCGGGACCUCGGCGGGCCUCCUGGCCCGCCUACCCCCCGGGGACCCUCGGCAGGCCUCCUGGCCCGCGCCCCUCGGGCGGUUCGCCGUCCCUGCAGACACUUACCCUUUGCUUAG